CUCAUGGCAUACGUCACGCCGGUUGACGUGGAGGAAACGAGUGUGAAAGACUGUAUGAUCGUCUCGUUCACUGCUCUAAAACAUUCCGCAAAAUGAUCAAGAAGUUCGACAAAAAGGACGAGGAGUCCGGAAGUGGCUCGAACCCCUUUCAACAUCUGGAGAAAAGUGCUGUACUGCAGGAGGCGCGAAUCUUCAACGAGACGCCCAUCAAUCCAAGAAAAUGUCUGCACAUCCUGACAAAGAUCAUCUACUUGCUCAACCAGGGUGAGCACUUUGGAACAACAGAGGCGACUGAAGCCUUUUUUGCAAUGACAAGACUGUUCCAGUCCAAUGACCAAACGCUAAGAAGGAUGUGUUACCUGACCAUAAAGGAGAUGGCAAACAUCUCAGAGGAUGUGAUCAUUGUCACCAGCAGCCUGACUAAGGACAUGACCGGUAAGGAGGAUGUGUACAGAGGUCCAGCCAUCAGAGCUCUGUGCAGGAUUACUGAUACCACCAUGCUGCAGGCAAUUGAAAGAUACAUGAAACAAGCCAUAGUGGAUAAAGUGCCCAGUGUAUCCAGCUCCGCUCUGGUGUCUUCACUGCAUAUGGUGAAGAUGAGCUUUGAUGUGGUGAAGCGCUGGGUUAAUGAAGCUCAGGAGGCAGCUUCAAGCGAUAACAUCAUGGUUCAGUACCAUGCUCUGGGUCUUCUGUACCAUCUGAGGAAGAAUGACCGUCUGGCAGUGACCAAAAUGCUUAAUAAAUUUACCAAGUCUGGCCUCAAGUCUCCAUUCGCUUACUGCAUGAUGAUCCGUAUCGCCAGUAAACUGCUGGAGGAAACUGAAGGAGGGCAUGACAGCCCACUGUUUGACUUUAUCGAGAGCUGCUUGAGAAACAAACAUGAGAUGGUGGUUUAUGAAGCUGCAUCCGCCAUUGUUCACAUGCCUAAGUGUACCGCCCGUGAGCUGGCACCCGCUGUCUCUGUUCUCCAGCUGUUCUGCAGCUCUCCCAAGGCAGCCCUGCGAUACGCAGCAGUACGGACCCUUAACAAGGUGGCGAUGAAGCACCCAUCGGCUGUGACCGCAUGCAAUCUGGACCUGGAGAACCUGAUUACCGACUCCAACCGCAGCAUCGCCACCCUGGCCAUCACCACCCUGCUGAAGACUGGAAGCGAGAGCAGCGUGGACCGCCUCAUGAAACAGAUCUCCUCCUUCGUCUCCGAGAUCUCUGAUGAAUUUAAGGUGGUCGUGGUCCAGGCGAUAAGUGCCCUGUGCCAAAAGUAUCCGAGAAAGCAUGGUGUGAUGAUGAACUUCCUGUCCAACAUGUUGAGAGAUGAUGGUGGUUUUGAGUACAAGCGAGCCAUCGUGGACUGUAUCAUAAGCAUCAUAGAAGACAACCUAGAGACUAAGGAGACAGGCUUGGCCCACCUGUGUGAGUUUAUCGAGGACUGUGAGCAUACCGUCCUGGCCACCAAGAUUCUCCACCUGCUCGGGAAGGAGGGUCCACGCACCCCCACACCCUCCAAAUACAUCCGCUUCAUCUUCAACCGAGUGGUGCUGGAAAGCGAGGCUGUGCGAGCAGCCGCCAUCAGCGCUUUGGCCAAGUUUGGGGCUCAGAAUGAUGACCUGUUGCCCAGCGUGUUGGUCCUGAUGCAGAGGUGUAUGAUGGACAGUGAUGAUGAGGUUAGAGACAGAGCCACGUUCUACGUGAAUGUUCUCCUGCAGAAGCAGAAGGCCCUGAAUGCCGGUUACAUCUUAAAUGGUCUGUCUGUAUCUGUUCCUGGACUGGAGAGAUCUCUCCACCAGUACACGCUAGAACCGUCCGAGAAAGGGUUUGACAUGAAGACGGUUCCCUUGGCAACCGCACCGAUCACUGAGCAGAAAACAGAAAUCGCACCUGUUGCAACAAGCAAGUUACCUGAAAAGCUUUCACCUUCACGCCAAGUUAUUUAUCAAGAGCAACUUGCAGCCAUUCCAGAAUUCCAAGGCCUGGGACCCCUGUUCAAAUCGUCCGAGCCGGUUCAGCUAACAGAAGCAGAGACGGAGUACGUGGUGCGUUGCAUCAAACACACUUUUGCAAAUCACAUGAUCUUCCAGUUCGACUGCACAAACACGCUCAACGACCAGCUGCUGCAGCGGGUUAUGGUUCAGAUGGAGCCUUCGGAAGCCUACGAGGUGCUGCAUUACGUACCGGCUGCCAGCCUCUUCUACAGUCAGCCCGGCUCAUGUUAUUGCCUGGUGCGGUUACCUGAGGAGGACCCCACAGCAGUCUCUUGCACGUUCAGCUGUACGAUGAAAUAUCUGGUCAGGGACUGUGAUCCCAACACAGGAGAGCCUGAUGAUGACGGUUAUGACGACGAAUAUGUGCUGGAAGAUUUAGAGGUGACAGUAGCUGACCACAUACAGAAGGUAUUAAAGCCAAACUUCGGUGCAGCGUGGGAGGAGGUCGGAGAUGAGUUCGAGAAGGAAGAAACAUUUGCUCUGGCUACGGUCAGAACUCUAGAAGAGGCUGUAAACAACAUCAUCAGCUUCUUAGGCAUGCAGCCCUGCGAACGGUCCGACAAAGUUCCUGAAAGCAAGAACUCUCACGUUCUGUUCCUAGCUGGUGUUUUCAGGGGAGGUCACGAUGUGCUGGUGAGGUCGCGACUGGCCCUGGCCGAUGGGGUAACUAUGCAGGUGACGGUUAGGAGCUCGGAUGAGAACGUGGUCGAUGUCAUUCUGGCAUCUGUCGGCUAAAUAAGCGACCGGUCACAUGCCGAUCAGAUUUAGUCAAUGUACUUUUAUUUGUCUCUUUAUUAGCUCCGCUGCCCUAAUACAUGGAGUAUAUGUGAUUUAACAUUAAAACUUCCUCACUACAAUCUCUCUGUGUCUCAAGACAGUUUGUGAAAACAAAAUGAAAGCAAACAUAGGCCUGAAACACCUUGUUAAUUAACUUGACCUGUUGUUGGUACUGCAUCGGAGAGAUUUUUUUAAAUACUGUCCCACUUUAAAUUGUGGAAAGAUAUCUUAGUGUGAUUUUGUUUCUCUUGCAUUCAAGUUCGUUUGGCCUUGUGCCGUCAGUUGUGGGAAACGAAUAUUACAAUGCAAUACAACAGCUUGUUUAUCAAUAAAACAGAGCAAAGCAG